AUGUUCUUGGCUUAUUGUGAGGCAUAUAGGAGCAUUACAACGGACUUUCUGGCCAAGGCGAGCGGCAUUAUGCUGUUUAUACUACCUCCAGGUACAAUACCUCUAGAUAAUCCAGCUGGGAGAGAGUUUUCACACAUGUACAGCGCUCGCCCAAACAUCUCAUACAGUAAAACAUUGAAAGGUUCAUUAUCAGUUGGAACCUGGAAUUCCAUAGGUACUAUCGUCCGGAUCAAAAUAGAUGCGACCAACCAACAGGUUAGGUAA